UGGGUUAUGGUUGGAAAUGCAUAAACUUACAAGAUCAGAAGCUUGUUUUGUUUUGAAUGCUGAACCGAGCUAUUGAUUGACGCUGUAUUUGAUCAACUCUACAUUGUGUAUUGUGUUUGUGAUGGUUUUAUAAGGCAAUUUCUCGCUUGGAAAAGCAAGGCAGACAAAUAAAAGUCUUCAAACUGAACCGAGAGAGUGGGAGUUAAUUAUUGCUGAGGCGUACGCUGACGGGAGAGGGCAUUACACCUGCACCGGGUUUUGUGAGCAAGGUCUACACUUUGAGAGAGGGAGACGAGGGGGAGACAGAAAAAGUUCGCAACGUGACAGACAGUUCCGCGCAGCCUCGAGUUGCAGCGCGCGCGUUUCUACAGUAGUUCAGCUGCUGAAGGGCAAGCAGGAGGCACGCGACUAGAUCCACCGAGCCGCUAGGCCUGUUCGCUCACAUUUUCAUCCUAUCCGCGACCUUGUCACAUACUAUAGAGCGCAAUAAUAAAAAUAUAAUAAAGAAAUAAAACCAAACGCGUGGCGCGCCUCCGAAGAGACGUCAUCGUAUCACGGUAGAAGAGCAGCGCGUGUAGAUUUCAGUCCCGCGAGAUGCGUCACGGAAAGCGGCUCUUAAAAGCAAACACGCGCUUAAGAGGCAUGGGAACCGUCCUCGCCGCCUUGAAGGAUUUAACCAUUCUGGAUGGAUUUUUUCACCUUGGAAUAGCACACACGGGGGUAUUACAGUAAGCUAUAUAUCCCUUAGUAUUCUAUAUAUAUAUAUAUUAAUCAGACUACCCGGUGGCCUGUAUCUCUGAGGGUUCUUGUAGCGGAAUUUCUAUCUAUCUAAUCUAUCUAUCUGUCUAUAGACUGGCUGUGCAUUCUCUGUGCACUAGCCGGUAAUUGCGUUCUGUGGGAUUAUAACAGCGCACGCGACCUCCUCAGUGUGCACAUUCAUUUGGACUUGCUUCUGAUUACUGACUGGAGGUCGCAGAGACACUGGACUUCUUUCUCUGACAAAGAGCCGCGUGUCGCUUACGGGUAAAUUAGAUCUCCUGUUAGUGUAAGCGGCUAAAGGGUUGAGGGUCCGAAUGGGAAACUUCCCCGGAUCGAUUUUGUGAUGAUCCCGUUGCCUUUUGAAGACGUACAUCAUGCAUUAUCAUGGUCUCGCUUUCUUCAGAGACUCAUUAUAAAAUCGCGAAAGGAGAAAAAGUGACCAGGACUGCAAUCAAGGAACCGAGGAUCCACGCUGUAUAAUUUAGAGAACUAUUUUUGGACCUACUUGGAAAAACGGCAACAAUGGGCACAACGCUACAAGUUAUUCUCGGCAUGUUUCAGUUCGUCUCACUCGCCAGAAUGCCAACACACUGUGCCAAGGCACCGCUAGCUCAGUGGCAGCCCGUACAGACUCACGAUUCAGGACAAGUGAUUAGAUGGAUGGAUGUGUAUCAGAGGAGCGGCUGCCAGCCCAGAGAGACGUUGGUGGAGGUGUGGCAGGAGUUCCCGUGGGAGACUCAUCACCUCUUCCUGCCAUCGUGUGUCUCACUGAGGCGUUGUGGUGGCUGCUGCGGUGACGAGGCCCUUGAAUGCGUGCCCUCGCACACAGAUACGCUCACCAUGGAGCUUAUGAAAACGACAUACAUGAAGCACGAACUGGUGCGGUUACCCUUCGUAGAACAUAGCCAGUGUGAGUGCAGGCCAAAAGCAGAUCUUCAUACAGAGCCAACCAGGCAAGACCCACGGCCGACGAGGAAAGGGAGGAAAAGGGAGCGGGGAAAACCAAAGCGAAAGAAACAUGUCAGGAUAAAACCAACGAUUCCAGCACCUACUCCAUCUGCACCUCCUGCUCCUCCAACUAGCAUCUUCCCUUCUUCCCCCGCCGAAGAGCAAUGCCCGCCCUGCCCCGUGCGCAGAAUGACGUCACAGCCCCCAAAGUGCGAGUGCACAUGCCGUCUAAGGGAGGUGAGCUGCACCAAGAGAAGCAAGAGUCUCAACCAGCAGAGCUGCAGAUGCGAGUCCGUAAGGGUAUAAUGAAAUGACGGGUCCUUCCUUCCCUGGUUACAAGCACUGUAUCUUCAUCCAUCUUUCGAGACGGUGUUUUUAUCGUGGAGUCGUAGAGCAGGAGUCACCUCGACAAGAGUAGCGGAACAUCCUGCCUCCCUGCCACCAACAUUUAGCGCAGUAUUAGAUGCAUGUAUUCAGCUCGGUAUGUGUUUCCCAGUAUUGGUGUGUGUAUACCGUGUAUAUCCAGAUUCUCAUCACUAAGCCCCUGAAGCAUCGUGCUGCAAUGGCUUUGACAGCCAGUCAUGCAUAGCGGGACAAGCACCUAGUGGAGUCACGGGAAAAGUAUGUUGCAUUCAAGUGGAUUGGCUUGUUGUGCUACCUAUAAUAGAGCUAAUAGAUCCAUCACCCCCACUGGUUGGAAAGACUUUGCUCAUAUGACUGAUCUGGAAGCUGGAAUUCACAGUUUUAUUGAUUUUUCAAAUAACAAAGAGGAUGUCAUUUUUUUUAAAGAAAUUUCGCCAGAAACACCCCCUACUCCUCGUCCUCCUCCCAAUGUCCUAAAUUAGAUUGCAGGACAUUCAAUAAUUAGGAUGUUUCCCAUCUGUCCUGGGCAUAUCCAUGUGCUGUGACUGAUAGAGAGACUGGUAUUGAGAUGCGCUGAAUGGAUGGAUGGGCGUCUGUGUGGUCUGAGCAUAGAAUGAUAAGGAUCUGUGUGACAGGCCUGAUUUAUUCUCAGCCUCCAAAAGCCCGUCACGUGGCCUCCAGGACUGUAUCAAUGAGUCUUAUUGUGUUUGUUUGAUUUGCUUUUUUGUCUGCCGCUUUCCUUUGGGAAUAAAUGAGACUUUCCUUCAGGCCAGGCAGUGAGGAGAAUGUCAAUAGUAAAGAAACCUGGCUAUAUUCCACUGCUGAUUGCAGCAAACACACAAACACUCACACACAUACAAAACAAAAUCUCUCUCUCUCUCUCUCUCUCUCUCUCUCUCUCUCUCACACACACACACACACACACACACACACACACACACACACACACACACACACACAACAGGUGAUUAUAAGCUUUUCUUUAAUAAUACUAAGAGAAAAUUUAAAUUUUAUUUCAAAUGUUUAUAUCAUUAUAUUCAGUUGUUAUGUAAGUGUUAGUAAUAAUAUUGUAGCCUUAUGUGGUUCAUUUAUAAAAAGAAAAGAAAAAAGUUGUAAUGGUGCCUUUGUUGUUUUGUGUUUGGUUAAUCUGUCUUAAAGCAUCGGCCUGGGUGGCCUGCAAUGGACACAUUCUCUGCCCCAGCAUGCAUCUAUGUGAGGGUCUGUGUUUAGUUCGAACAAAGGGGCAAGAAUAAAAAAUAAAAAAAAAAGCAGCCCUGUAGCACAGAGGCGCAUCUGUUAAAUCAAUCGAAACAUCAAAUCUCAGCACUGAUAUAAACCAUCUGAGAUGUUUGUUUGUUUGUUAGUUUCAAAAUCUGUGGCAUUCUGCACUGAUUAUAGGGUAUCCAAAAUAUAAUAUAUUUAUUUUUAUAUUGAGUUGCCUUUUAUAUCUAGCUUUUUAAUGUUGCUUUGGGGUAUUUAAUGCCACAUAUCACGUUAACUGUGAGAAUAUUAAUAUCAGAGGAGAUAUAAUUCAGUAUUUUGUCUAGAAUCACGCGUUGGUCAUAGCCAUCUGUGAACGCUCAGGUCUGUGAGUUUGAUAUUAUCUGCGAGAAGUUGUGAAUACAUAGAUAUACACUGUACAUUUAGGUGAAGGUAACAGACCGUGGUUGACAUGAUUAUCCAUAUGUUUGCCACAGUCACUUAACUACCUUGAAGUCUCAUCAUGUAGCAUAUCUGACUGAAAUCCAUGACUUAACCAAGGGAUAUUUUGCAAUAAUAUGAUGAAGAUAGUAAUACAUCUGCAAUAAUGUAAAUAAAAAGAUCCAUGACUUAUAGUUCACUUCACACUAUGGUUAUGGGUAAUUGUUCCAUUUGUGCUGUUUUGUUAUGUCAAGUUUGCUGUCUAAAGAAGACACAGUCCUGUCUUUUGCUCGGUUACAUGUUUGUCUCAACUCAAAUGACUGUAAUAGCUAGGUAAUUUAUUCCAGACAUCAUAUUACACCCACAUACUGUAUGUGUGAGUGUGUGUGUGUGUGUGUGUGUAUAUAUAUAUAUAUAUAUAUAUAUAUAUAUAUAACACCACACUCACUGUACAGUUAUCUAACUUUACUGCUACUAAUUUUAAUGGAAAUAUAAUACGCAAAAAUACACACUACGUAUACUAUAUAUGAAUGUACCAAUUCUCUUCAGUGUUAGCGUGCACCUUGAAUCAUGUACAGGAGAUUUCGUCUGCAUUCCAACUGUUGUGUGAAUUACGGCUAUGAACGAUACGACGCUCUCUAAGCUAUAGUUUAUAUUCUGUGUAAUCUAUAUUUGUAUAAUGGUAACAAUCAAUAGUCUUACUGCUGCUACACCAUUUAUGCCCUAUUCCUCUGUUUGUGAACAAGUAUAAAUCACUCAAUUUGUCUUACAAUGUACUGAGGGGCAAACCACGUGUCUACAAUGCGUAUAUACUAAGUUGACAUGCAUUCAGUAGCCCUCCAGCAACAGCCAUAAUGUAAUGUUCAGUAUACUGUAUUAUUAAAGUGAAAUGUCCUAUU